AUGAAGAAUAAGCAAAAUAUAAUUCCUAUUAAAGUUGCGACACCCAAACUAGCGAAUACGGCGAUUAAUACUAAAUGUUUGUUCGCAGUAGCUGCCAUAGAAGUUUGGGAUGGUGAAGACGUUGACGUUUCGGAAGUUGGG